AGGGCACGCUGGGCAGGGCCGCUCGGCCCUCUGCUGCUCCUGCCUGCCGGUUGCUAGGCGUUGGACGCGCCUCCCGAAGUGUGCGGGGCUACAGGUGGCCUCCUUGGGGUGGGCCGCGCCUGGCGGGGCCGAGGACACCGCGGCUGCCCGGGGCCUGCGAGAAGCAAUGGAACCCGGAAAGGCCAUCCAGUCAGGCGGUUCCAAGGAAGAAAAGAAGCACAGAGAGAAGAAGCUGCGUAAGGAGUCUGAGAUGGACCUUCCUGAACACCAGGAGGCGAGGUGCUGGGAUCCCGACCAGGAUGCCAGGAGCAGAGACAGGGCGGCUGAAGUCGACACUGCUAAGGAGAGUCCCCGUGGGGAGAGGGACAGAGACAGACAGAGGGAGAGGAGAAGAGACGCAAAAGACCGGGAGAAAGAAAAGCUGAAGGAGAAACAUCGAGAGGCAGAAAAGUCUCACAGCAGAGGAAAGGACAGGGAAAAAGAAAGAGACAGAAGGGCCCUGAAGGAAGAGCCCCGGCAGACCGUGGCCCGCCGCAACCUGCUGGGCCAGGAGACACAGGACCGGCGGCUCCUGGAGCGGGCGGAGAGGAAAGGCCGCUCAGUAAGUAAAGUAAGAAGUGAAGAGAAAGAUGAAGACUCUGAAAGAGGAGAUGAAGAUAGAGAAAGAAGAUACCGAGAAAGAAAGCUGCAGUACGGAGACAGCAAGGACAACCCUCUCAAGUACUGGCUUUAUAAAGAAGAAGGUGACAGGAGACACAGGAAGCCCAGAGAGCCAGAUCGAGACAAGAAACACCGAGAAAAAAGCAGCACAAGGGAAAAAAGAGAGAAAUAUUCCAAAGAGAAAAGUAAUUCAUUCUCUGAAAAAGGAGGGGAAGAAAGACAUAAAGAAAAGCGACACAAAGAAGGCCUUCAUUUUGAUGAUGAGAGGCACCGAAGCAGCGUGGAUAGAAAAGAGAGAUCAGCAAAAGACGAGCACAAGAAAAGGGAAUCCAAGGUACCCCUUCCGAUGCUUCGUUGCCUUCACAGCCGCCACGAGAACGGACACAGAAAUCGAGGUGCAAGCUCAAAAAGAGAUGGGACCAGCAGCCAGCAUGCUGAGAAUUUAGUAAGGAAUCACGGAAAAGAUAAAGAUUCAAGACGGAAGCAUGGCCACGAGGAAGGCUCUUCCGUGUGGUGGAAGCUGGACCAGAGGCCAGGAGGCGACGAAACUGUGGAAAUGGAAAAGGAAGAAACUGAUUUAGAACAUGCUAGAGCUGAUGCAUAUAUAGCCAGUUGUGAAGAUGAUUUUGAAGACUACGAAGAUGACUUUGAGGUUUGUGAUGAUGAUGAUGAUGAUGAAAGCAGUAAUGAACCUGAGUCAAGAGAAGAAAUGGAAGAACUUCCUUUAGCUCAAAAAAGGGAAAUACAAGAAAUUCAAAGAGCUAUUAAUGCAGAAAAUGAAAGGAUUGGCGAGUUAUCUUUGAAACUGUUUCAGAAGCAAAGUAGAACAGAAUUUGAAAAGGAGCCCAGGACAGAUACAAACAGUUCCCCUUCCAGAGCCUCCGUUUGUGGAAUUUUUGUGGAUUUUGCCUCAGCUUCACACCGUCAAAAGAGUCGGACUCAGGCCCUUAAGCAAAAGAUGCGAAGUACAAAACUGCUUCGGCUCAUUGACUUAGAUUUUUCAUUUACUUUCUGGCUCUUGGAUCUACCACCAGUAAAUGAAUAUGACAUGUAUAUCAGAAACUUUGGGAAAAAAAAUACCAAGCAGGCAUAUGUUCAGUGUAACGAAGAUAAUGUUGAAAGAGACAUUCAAACAGAGGAAAUAGAGACCAGGGAAGUGUGGACCCAGCACCCAGGAGAAAGUACCGUUGUAUCUGGAGGCAGUGAACAAAGAGAUAUCUCUGAUGCUGUAGUUAUGCCAAAGAUUGAUACUCCAAGGUUAUGUAGCUUUCUGCGGGCGGCUUGUCAGGUGAUGGCUGUUUUGCUGGAAGAGGAUCGCUUGGCAGCUGAACCCAGCUGGAAUCUUAGGGCUCAAGACAGGGCCCUGUAUUUUAGUGACAGCUCAUCUCAGCUGAACACCAGCCUGCCAUUCCUUCAAAAUCGAAAAGUAUCCUCCUUGCACGCCUCCCGAGUUCAGAGGCAGAUGGUGGUCUCCGUUCACGACUUACCCGAGAAGGCCUUUGCGCCCCUGCUGGACAGCAAAUACGUCCUCUGUGUGUGGGAUAUUUGGCAGCCUUCAGGGCCACAGAAGGUUCUGAUAUGUGAGUCCCAGGUCACGUGUUGCUGCUUGAGCCCUUGCAAAGCAUUUUUACUGUUUGCCGGAACAGCGCAUGGCUCAGUCGUCGUCUGGGAUUUGAGAGAAGACUCAAGGUUGCAUCACUCUAUGAAGCUGAGCGAUGGUUUCUGGACAUUCCGGACGGCCACGUUUUCCACCGAUGGAAUCCUUACCUCAGUAAACCACCAAAGCCCUCUUCAAGCAGUAGAACCUAUCUCAGCGUCCGUCCACAAAAAGCAGAGCUUUGUGCUUUCGCCCUUUUCGACUCAGGAAGAAAUGUCAGGUUUGUCCUUCGACAUCGCUUCCUUGGAUGAGAGUGGGGUUCUCAAUGUGUGGGUGGUUGUUGAAUUACCAAAGGCAGACAUCGCAGGUUCAGUAAGUGAUUUAGGUCUAAUGCCUGGAGGGAGGGUCAAGCUGGUACAUAGUGCUCUGAUCCAGUUGGGUGACAGUCUUUCCCAUAAAGGUAAUGAAUUUUGGGGGACUACACAAACACUGAAUGUUAAAUUUCUGCCUUCAGAUCCUAAUCACUUUAUUGUUGGCACAGACGUGGGUCUCAUAAGCCAUGGCACAAGACAAGAUUUGAGAGUGGCUCCCAAACUAUUCAAACCUCAGCAACGUGGUAUAAGGCCAGUAAAAGUUAAUGUCAUUGAUUUUUCACCAUUUGGAGAACCAAUAUUUUUGGCUGGCUGUUCGGACGGAAGCAUCAGGCUGCACCAGCUGAGCUCCGCGUUUCCGCUCCUGCAGUGGGACAGCAGCACAGACAGCCAUGCAGUCACCGGCCUGCAGUGGUCCCCGACCAGGCCUGCCGUGUUCCUGGUGCAGGACGACGCAUCCAACGUCUACCUCUGGGACCUCCUCCAGAGCGAUCUGGGUCCUGUUGCCAAACAGCAGCUCUCCCCCAACAGGCUGGUGGCCAUGGCUGCGGUGGGUGAGCCCAAGAAGGCUGGUGGCAGCUUCCUGGCCCUGGUGCUGGCCAGGGCCUCCGGCUCCAUCGACAUCCAGCACCUGAAGAGGCAGUGGGCGGCCCCGGCGGGGGAUGAGUGCAACAGGCUGCGUCUGCUUUUGCAGGAGGCCCUGUGGCGAGAGGGAAAACCACACAAGUAGCGGGUGUUGCUGAGAGGACGGCGUUUCGGUAAUGACCCAAAUUUAAAAGACGUAAAAUGGAUAAUUUUACAUUUCUGUGCAAGUAUAUUUAUGUAUAUAGACUAUGUAUAUUCUGUAUAUAAUUUAUUUUACAAGAAUAUUUCUUUGGUAUUCCAAGGAAAUAAAUGACUACUUUUGAAUGGAAACAAAGAAAAUUCUAGCAUUUACGAAACUUCCAGGGGAGCAUAGAGCCACAUCCAGGGUCCUCUUUUCCGAGAGUAUUUUGAGUUAUUUUUACAACAGUUUAAAAUAUUGUCACAUUACUACUAGAUUUCAAACAGUCUACCAUGAAAAUGUAUCUUAAUGAACUAUUUUCUUAUGCAUAAAAUAUAUGUACACAUGUCUAAAUUAAAAGGAAUUGCUCCACUGAAAUGA